GUUCACACCAACCGCUCGUCAUCCUCGUCGUCCUCGUCAUUAUUGCCGUCGUCGAUCCGGAGCAUGAGCACAUCCGUACUUCGCGCCCUGUCAUCGCGAGCAGGAGGCGGCCAAAUAUCACACCAAGGCCGCACUGCUGCCUACCGUCGGAUAGAAGCAUUCGCCAGACAAUACAGUGCAGUGUCCUUACGGACGCGCCAGCUUACUGGGGCUCGGCCAUCGGCCAUAAGACCGCAAAUAUGCUCGCAGUCGCAUUUCCUGCCGCCCCCAGCACUUGCAACCUCUCCGGCCGCUUCAGCGCGAUAUGUGAGCUUCAAGGAACUACGGGAGCAGCGCGCAAAGGAGAAAGCGGCGGGAGGCCAGCAGGCUUCUGCGAAGCCAGCAGCUGCGACAUCAGCGUCUGCAUCAGCGUCACCAGCUGCAGAUGCACAGCCAGAGCAUACCACGAGCAAGGCCGCCCCCGAGCGAUCUGCUGCCGAUGAUGCGUUUGCCCAAUUCAAGGCACAAGCUGACAAAGAGUGGGAGGCGCGCCGGAAGAACGCCGAGCGGGAACAGCAUGAGGAACAGAAGCAGGGCGAGGGCGAGGAAGGCGCUGAGGGCGAGCAGAAAGAAAAGAAGAAGAAAGACGAUGCGGCUCCCCCUCCGCCACAUGGCGGUAAAACUCCUUGGCAAGUCUUCACCGAGACUCUACAGCAGGAGUUCAAAGCCAGCAAGGAGUGGAACGAAAGCACGAAACAACUGGGCGGUACGAUCCACGAUUUUACGCAGAACCCAAACGUACAGCGGGCCAAGAGUGCGUACAGUAAGGCUGCAGAAGCUGCAACUACUACAACUGGGAAGGCGCUGUUCGGCACAGCGAGCGCCAUUGGAAAGGGUGCCGCCUGGACUUGGGACACACCCGUGGCUAAAGUCGUGCGAAAGGGUGCUGCAGCUGUAGGCUCGGGCGUGGACAAGGCCACGAAGCCGAUCAGAGAGACCAAAGCGUUCAAAGACGUCAAGGAUGUCAUUGAUGAUGGUGCAUCAUCUCGUUAUGGAGGCUGGACGGAGAAGGAGGAGCGGCGACGGAAGCGUGAAGAGCGAGACUCAAAGAUGGGAUUCAAUCCUAAUAAAAUGCCUGAGAAUUUGGAGGAGGAUCCAAACGCGGGGACAAACGUGACGGUGCACAAGGAUGCAGCAUGGAAAGAAGCCUGGAAGGAUUUCCGCGACAACAGCAGCAUCGGAAAACGGUUCUCCACGUUUGGUUCAGUCUAUCGAGAGUCGGAAAACCCGCUCAUCAGUACCGCUCGCAGCGUCUCCGAUCGCAUUGCUGGGUUCUUCGCCGAAAACGAGACCGCCAUGGUCAUCAAAAAGUUUCGCGAGAUGGACCCCAACUUCCAGCUCGACCCCUUCUUGAACGACAUGCGAAAUUACAUUCUGCCAGAAGUCCUCGAAGCAUAUGUCACCGGGGAUGUCGAGACGCUGAAGCUCUGGCUUUCGGCAGCACAGUUUCAGGUGUACCACGCUCUGAUGCAACAAUAUACCACGGCCGGGCUGAAGUCAGACGGCAAGAUCCUGGAUAUUCGUGGCGUCGACAUUCUUUCGGCCCGCAUCUUGGAUCCUGGUGAAAUUCCUGUGUUUGUGCUCAUGUGUCGCACGCAGGAAGUGCAUGUGUAUCGCAACGCCAAGUCUGGAGAAUUGGCCGCCGGCAUGGAGGACAAAGUGCAACAAGUCACGUACGCGAUAGGCGUGACAAGAAUCCCCGAGGAAGUGAGCAACCCUGAAACCAGAGGGUGGAAAUUUAUCGAGAUGCAAAAGAGCGCUCGAGACUAUCUCUGAGCUCGAUGCUAUUUCUCAGUCCCCUUCGAGCUCCAUGUCACUGGCGACUGCACGACUGCGAUUCUGCAGACCAGGGUAUCUGCUAUGGGCGCAGGAAAUGCUUUCAUCGUGGUCAUCCGCGCCCAGGAUCGCAGCAGUUGCGCAACACGCUUUAACACGCCGUCUGCGGCUUGUGUCCGUAUCACGGGGUCAUCUACUCGCGCAAGGUAGCAACCGGGGAUGCCUCGGCGUCCUCUGGCAUGUACAGCUGUGGUGUACAUAAUGAUUGAGUGUUGCCCGCGCUCAGAAAGCCUUCGGCGUUGGCGGGUCAUCGAUUUCCCGCCAUUGUGCGCAUUAGCAUCGAAAGGAAGAGCAUAACGAUCCGCACGGCAUCGACGCUGUGGGCCAUAUCGGUCCACUUCCCCUCCACUCCAGUGUGUAUAUAUAUCGAGAGACCUAUAUGACUUGUGCUUGUAUGAUAUCGGGCGAACAGUUCGGAUGGGGCCCUGUACAAUAACGCAGUUCAUGCCACGACAAGGCGGCCUUGCCCAAGCCGAAAAGCCAAG